AUGUUCAUAGAGAGGCUAUUGCUGUACUGCGCGGCAGCGCCAUUGUACAUGCCGUGGGACUUUGUCAUUGUUCUUAUCAUGUGGGUGUCUGUCUAUAGGACGAGCGGGACCGCCCACGGCAGGCAAGUUUUUACCUCAUACGAUCGACGUGACGGGCCCACAAAACUGGCCCUGAAGAGGUUUCCUGCGAAGAACGAGGGUGUAUUCUUUACUGGAAACACGAAGACGUAUUCACGAGGACUAGCCCAACAGGUUGUGAUCCUGCAAUAUAUCCGAGGACUAACACCUUCGACUCGAAGCCCUCAUGAUGUUCUGACUGCAACGCAGAGUCAUUUACAGGUUCCAACCUACCUUGACCCCCGGUGUCCGAGCCGUAGUCGGAAGCUUCCGAAUGAGCUCACGGUUAAAGGCGAUAUUGAACCGACAUCAUAUCAGGCUCCCCAUCGUACGUCUUUUUUACCUCUGGCACACACUUGUCAUGUGAACCGGUUCAUCGAUGCCACGAUGCAUCCCACCGACCAACUGGUCGCCAAAAACACACCAUCAGGCUCGUCCCCGUUAUCUGUUUCCACGAUCGAAGGUCUGCACGCCCCUCACCUCGGCGGAUCACUCCUGCUUUUUUAG